GAGUGUAUGAGUCAUCUUUUCCUUUAUCCCAUUGGCUUCGGUUAAAGUAGAGGGAAUUCUGGUGUUUUCCAUGGUUAAAGCAGAAAAGUUGAUUGGAACAUAAGAAGAGGAUUAUCAUAUACAGAGGUGAAAAAAACUACAGAAGAUUAUCAGUAAAUAAGUUGAUAGGAAAGACGAAGAAGCUGUUGCAGAGAAGUUGGAUCCAAAUAGCGAUGAAUAAGAGCCACUUGGGCUCCAUCAGCGGCUCUGAUCUCAUUGAUGCAAAGCUUGAAGAGCAUCAAUUGUGUGGAUCAAAACGGUGCCCCAGUUGUGGACACAAGCUAGAAGGAAAGCCGGACUGGGUUGGUCUACCAGCAGGAGUGAAAUUUGAUCCAACAGACCAGGAAUUGAUAGAACACCUUGAAGCAAAAGUAGAAGCAAAAGAAUCAAAAUCUCACCCUUUGAUUGAUGAAUUUAUCCCUACUAUUCAAGGGGAAGAUGGAAUUUGUUAUACUCAUCCUGAAAAGCUUCCAGGAGUUACAAGAGAUGGAUUGAAUAGACAUUUCUUCCACAGACCUUCUAAGGCAUACACAACCGGAACAAGAAAGAGAAGAAAAAUUCAAACCGAAUGCGACUUGCAAGGGGGAGAAACAAGGUGGCACAAGACCGGAAAAACAAGGCCGGUGAUGACGAAUGGCAAGCAAAAGGGCUGCAAAAAAAUUCUAGUCCUCUACACAAACUUUGGAAAGAAUCGAAAACCCGAAAAGACUAACUGGGUGAUGCACCAGUACCACUUGGGACAGCAUGAAGAAGAGAAGGAAGGAGAGCUUGUUGUUUCAAAGAUAUUCUAUCAGACUCAGCCAAGGCAGUGUAAUUGGUCUGAGAGGAGUAAUAUUGGAAUUGGGGACGGAAAUAGUGAGCCUAAUAGCAGAAGAGACAGUGGCAGUGGGAGUUGUUCUUCUAGGGAAUUAAUCUCCCAUAGGGAUGAAUUUUCUGUAGCUGCAAUAUCAAGUUACAGUGCCAUGGGGAUUCAACAGCUGAAGGCUGACCAUUUCAGCUUUGAUCCAUUUAGGAAAAGCUUCGAUGAGGCAGGAAUUGGGGAGGCUUCAGUUGCAAGGGAAACUCCGGCAGCGGUCAAGUCCCAAGAGCUUGACACUCACGUGACCCAAAGGCCACAUCACGUGACCCAUGAGCACCAUCUACAGCAACAUCAACAUUCACCUCAUCAGGUUGCAACUACAACUUUUCACAUCAGCAGACCUUCACACUCCAUCUCUUCCAUUAUCUCUCCACCUCCCCUUCAUCAGACUUCUAUUGUUCUGGAUGAAGACUCUUUCCAUGUCUCUAGAAUGAUGCUCCAAAAUGAAAAUUUCCAGCAACUUCAGCAACAGCAACAACAACAUCAUAAGCUAGGAGGGAGGUCUGCAUCUGGAUUAGAGGAACUUAUAAUGGGCUGCACUUCAACUGAUAUUAAAGAAGAGUCGUCUCUCCCAAAUCCACAAGAAGCAGAAUGGCUGAAGUACUCCACCUUCUGGCCUGACCCUGACAACCCGGAUCAUCAUGGGUAG